GGAAAUUCCUCACCUCCACCAACUCCAUCAGCCUUGGAGAAAACUCUUUACUUUGGCCGAAUCUGUUCAAAAUGGCUGGAAAAGGGUCUCAAUUGAAAAAUUUAAAACAAUCUAUUCGCCAAACUGGCGUUUUCGAUGCCCGAAAGGGCAAGAAACACGUUCGCCAGAGAGGUUCUAUGAGUCGGGAGGAGAGAGCUUCUAAGCUGGAUAAAAUUCAUUCUGAUUUUAAUCGAUUUGAUCGCCAGUACACGCGUCAAAAAUUCGAAAUCAUUAAUAAAAAGACGAAGGGUACCGAAGGACGGCCCGGCAUCAGCAGAGGUGUUGGUGAAGAAAUCAGAAAACGAACCAUUGGCGAAAAAUUAAAAAGAAAAAACAGAACAGGUGCCAUCGUCGAUCGUCGUUUUGGCGAAAAUAAUCCACUGUUGACGCCAGAGGAGAAGAUGCUGCAGCGUUUCAGUCUUGAACAAAAGCGUCAGCUUGCUUCUUCAGAGCUUACCUUGGCCGACGAAGAGGUGCUUACUCAUGGUUCUCGGCCUCUUUCAGAAUUGGAAACUUUGGAUGACCAUGCACGUUCUGACGACGAUAUGGAUAUGGACGGUGAAAUUGUUCGCCGUGCUCAUUUCGGUGGUUUUGAUGAAGAUGAGGAAGAAGACGAAGGCGGUGAGCGGAAAAAGACGAAGCAUGAGGUUAUGCAAGAAAUCAUUGCUAAGUCAAAGCGGUACAAAGCAGAACGCCAAGCCGAAAAGGAGCAGCUUGAGGAGGAACGUGAAAAGCUUGAUGAGGAAAUGGACGAUAUUCAGAGUCUGCUUUCCAACUACGCUCGUGAGACUCGUAAAUCGGCUGGCAAGGAAGUCAAACUGGAGCCCACGAAGGAGGAUGUCAGAUAUGACGCCUUUGUGCGCGAAAUGGUUUUUGAUCGCCGUGCUCGUCCCUCUGAGCGGACCAAAACGGAAGAGGAGAUUGCUCAAGCCGAAGCUGAUCGCCUUCGCGAACUUGAAGAACAGCGUUUGCAGCGGAUGCAUAAUGCAAAAGCUGGUUAUGCUGAUGGUCGUGAAGGCGACAGCUUGGAGGACGACUACGUUCCCGACGAAACAGAUAACGUUUUUGGUUUCGGUGAAGGUUUGACUGCCAAGGAAGACGAUGAGGAGUCGUUUACCGGUUUCCAGAGUGGAUCUGAGUCUGAAGAGAGCGCAGACGAUGAGGUUGACGAUGAGGCUACUCACAAGAAAUCGUCGAAGGGAAAGACGGUCCGUUUUGCGUUGGACGAAAAACCGUCGCGGAAAAAUGGCGGCAAAAAAGAGCUUGCAUAUACGUAUGAGUGCCCUCUUACACAUGCACAUUUCUUGGACAUGCUUGAUGGAUUGAACGUCGAAGACCAUGAUACAGUUAUCACUCGCAUUCGCACACUUCAUCACAUGAAACUUCAUCCCGAAAACAAGGGCCGACUGGAGAAGUUUGCGAUUGUGCUUGUGAAACAUAUUCUUUACCUGUCGACCCAACAGUCCAUUCCUUUUGGAGUCAUCAAUCAAGUAGCACAGCAUCUUAUGCGUAUGGCCGAGACUUACUCCUUGGCCAUCGCCAAUACCUUUCGUGCAGUGCUAACAGGCAUGCAAAAACGUUUGGCAGACAGCUAUGCCGACAGUGAAGUGACAUUUCCAGCCAAUUAUGAUUUGGUAUUCCUGAACACUAUUCCCUCUAUUUUCCCCACAUCCGACUUAAAGCAUCCAGUUGUUUCCCCAGCCAUGCUAAUUAUGGCUGAAAGUAUCUCACAAAGCAAGUGUCAAACACUUGCAGAUUGGACCAGAAAGAUGUUCCUGGUGAAUUUGUUUGUUAAGUAUCAACGCAUAAGCAAGCGUUACGUUCCUGAGACUCUAAAUGCUAUCGCGCAACUCCUUGUUGUUCUUUCCCCGGUAGCAUUGGAGAAAGCUCCUGGAGCAUUCCCACUUACGGCACAGAUUUGGUCAUCAGGCCAAAAGCAUGAGUUCGGCAUUCAGGAUAUCUCGUUGGAUGCCCCUACUAAAAUUUCCCUCAAUGAUUUGGGAACAAUGGAAGCGCUUGAGCUUCAAAGCUCCCUUUUGCUUGUUGUGCUGAACCUAGUGAAAGGUACUGCUGAUCUGUUCAAUGGUCAAGCAGCUUAUCUUGAAAUGUUUGAGCCGAUACUGUCACUUCUCGGUAUCUACACUGAAAACGAAAAGCUUUUACAUCCCGAGUUGGCCGCCCAUCUUCACACUGUCCAUGAUCAUGUGAGCAAACUCGUUGAAAAGGCACGCGAACUUCGCAAGCCAUUACAGUUGCAACAACACCGUCCCAUCGCCAUUUCUGCCCAAUUGCCUAAGUUUGAGGAGAGAUACACUGUGGAGAAGCAUGACAUGGAUGCAGAGCGUAACGAGCUCAACAAACUGCGCGCUCAACACCGUGAUGCUCGGAGAGGCGCUAUCAGAACUCUUCGUCGUGAUGCUCAAUUCGUUGCUCGCGAGCGGUCCAAGGAACAACGUGAAAAGACCAAGGCUUACAAUGAAAAGAUGCGCAAACUGGAGAAUCGGUUGCAGCAUUUUGACUCUGCUGUCUAAUUUAUCAACAGUUCAUGUUUUAUUUUUGGUUAAAUCUAUUGGGUUACGGAUAAAAGGGAAGGAGAAUAUUAGAAUUAUAGCUAAACGAAUGGCUACUUUUUUCUAUUACAAAAAGCCUCUCGAUUUCAUUUAAAACUUACGGGCGUCAUUAACAUGGGGGAUGGUAUUGAAACUAAAGGAAGGUAUAAAACGAAGAAGACUUUGAAAACUUAACCGCUUAAAAAAAAGGUAAACAAAAACAGAAGAUAUUCUUAAAGCAUCUACAUGAAAAGGAAGGUGCUAUCUAUUUUAUACGGACGCAAGGGAGGAGAGAAUCAUAAUCAACCAAACAAAAGAAGGAUGCGAAAAGGUGAACGGAGCAGCAACCAGAAUUAUCCGUUUAUCAUCAAAGAAAGUGCAGUCUGCAAUUUCAUGUUAUUUUUUUCCUUAAUUUCCUUCUUGUUCAGCCUCGAGCUCCUCCAAGUAGCGCAUAGCCAACAAAGCAGCUUGGCAGCCGCUACCAGCAGAGGUAAUGGCUUGACGGAAGACACGGUCCUGGACAUCACCGGCGGCGAAGAAACCACGAAUGCUUGUACGGGGAGUACCGUCAAUGGUGUGCACAUAACCGUCAGCAUCCAACUCAACUUGGCCCUCUACAAUCUUUGUAGCGGGGAUGUGACCGAUGGCAUAGAAAAGACCGUUAACAGCCAAGUCGGAAGUAGCACCGGUCUGAUUGUUCUUGAUGACGAUGUUGUUAAGAAGUCUGCCGUCACCCUGAGCCUCGACGACACUGGUGUUCCAAACAAUCUCGACCUUGGGGUGGUUCGUCAGACGCUUGGCCAUGAUAGGGGAAGCACGAAGCUUGUCACGACGGACGAGCACGUACACCUUGCUGCCGUACUUGGUCAAGAACAAGGCCUCUUCAGCAGCAGAGUCACCGCCUCCGACAACAGCCAAAGGCUUGUUACGGAAAAUGGGAACGGCGCCAUCACAAACGGCACAAGCAGAAAUACCUGCCUGCCAGUACUGCUCCUCACCCUUGACAUGGAGACGCUUGGCACUAGCACCGGUAGCCAGAAUAAUGGUGUCAGCGGUUUCGGGCUCUUGGUCCUCGGCACCCUCGAGCCAGAACUUGAAGGGACGAGCAUUCAAGUCAAGCUUCGACACGGUUUCAGUGAUGAUUUCCGUACCGAAACGCUCGGAUUGUUGACGGAACCGUUCUGUCAAUUCCGUACCACCAAUAGCCUCAGGGAAACCAGGGAAGUUCUCGACCUCGGUUGUAGUAGUCAACUGACCGCCGGCAGCGAUUCCAUUAGCCAGCAUACCCUCGUACAUCGUAGGGUGGACCUCACCACGGGCCAAGUAAAUUGCGGCAGUGUGACCAGCGGGACCGGAUCCAAUAAUGACAACUUUACGGUGCAUCUUUUCUAUAACGAUUUGUUCAAAAGUUUCUGAGUUGA